AUGGGUUUCCGCACUGUGAUUACGUUUUACAUCCGUGAUUCAGAAAACUGGCAGUCCAAGCCGCUUGGCCUGCGCCGGCUGCCUGACGGAACAGCCUUGCGUCUGUCAUCCCUUCACAACGUUCGUCGUGCAGCACGCGUACUCGACGACCCGGAUAUGGCAUUCAACUGGAGCUCGUUUUCUCACAGCGCUCAGCCGAAUUUAGGCACCAGAGGCGGAUCGGUAAGUCCUUUGGUUCACGUUGUGGCAAGCCAGCCGACCUCAUUGUGGCGUUUGACCUCAUGUGUGCUGGGUUGCAGAAGAUCGACAGGCCACAAGGGCAAAGCGUGUGUAGAUGAACAGUAG